AUGGCACCAGCUGCUCCAAGAGAAGCAGGAGUAUGGAGGCAAACGAGAGCUCUUCUAUUCAAGAACUGUCUUAUUAAGUGCAGGACUAAAAAGAGCAGCGUUCAGGAGGUCCUGUUCCCACUCUUCUUCUUGUUCUGGCUCAUUCUGAUGAGCAUGAUGCACCCACAUCGGAAGUAUGGCGAGGUGGCCAACACCAACCUUGGCACUCUGGAUACCUCCGUAUUGGUGAAUUUCAUCAUCGGAUACACACCACCAACCCGGAUGGCGCGAGAAAUCAUGAAGAAAGUGGCUUUUGAUAACUUUGAAGAUGGCAUCAUCACUGAGGAGUAUUUAAGCGAAGAGGAGCUGCAAGAGGCCAGUGCUUUUAAACCCUCAAACUUUGUGGGUGUUGUAUUCAACGAUGCCAUGUCCUACCAGCUGAGGUUCCAUGAUUCGGUCGCUAUGUCUUCCAUCUAUAUGGAAUCAAGAGCCAGUUGCUCCAACCUGCGGAAAGGAUGUGAAUCGGUGACAUACUGGAGCUCGGGGUUUAUAGCUCUGCAAGCCUGCAUUGAUGCUGCAAUUAUACAGCUGAAGACUAAUCAGUCGGUUUGGGAACAACUUGAGUUGACAAGAGCAAUGGUUAUGGGAGAGGCUGCAGUGGUGGAAAUAGAUAAUUUUCCCCGUGCCAUCAUUUUAAUUUACUUGGUGAUUGCUUUCUCACCAUUUGGGUAUUAUCUGGCAAUUCAUAUUGUGGCAGAGAAGGAGAGGAAGCUGAAGGAGUUCUUAAAAAUACUGGGACUUCACGACACUGCCUUUUGGCUUUCUUGGGUGCUGCUGUACAUAAGCCUGAUUUUUGUCAUGUCCAUUCUUAUGGCGGUGAUUGCGACGGCCUCUUCCCUCUUUCCCCAGAGCAGUGCCUUUGUGAUAUUCCUCCUUUUUUUCCUGUACGGAGUCUCUUCAGUUUUCUUUGCACUUAUGCUGACACCUCUAUUUAAAAAGUCAAAACAUGUGGGUAUAGUGGAGUUCUUGGCAACGCUGGCUUUUGGGUUUGUGGGUCUUAACAUCGUCCUGCUGGAAGAUUUCCCCAAGUCUUUCGUGUGGAUCCUCAGCCCCUUGUGUCAGUGCAGCUUCUUGAUCGGCAUUGCUCAGGUCAUGCAUCUAGAAGAUUAUGAAGAUGGUGCAACGUUUUCGAGUCUAAGUCACGGUCCUUACCCGCUCUUUAUCUCUCUCAUUUUAUUGGUGCUGGAUAGCAUAUUUUAUCUGCUUGUAGCUGUCUACCUGGAUCAGAUUAUGCCAGGGGAGUUUGGACUGCGCCGCACACCGUUCUUCUUCAUGAAGCCCUCCUUUUGGUCCAAGCACAGAAAGAACUACAAGGAAUUGUAUGAGAGCAGCGUCAAUGGCAGUUUAAGCUUCAGUGAGAUAGUUGAACCUGUGCCUUCGGAAUUCCAGGGGAAAGAAGCCAUCAGAAUCAGCUGUGUUCAGAAAACAUUCAGGAAAAAGGGGGAAACUGUGGAGGCUCUCAGAAAUUUAUCCUUCGACAUCUAUGAAGGUCAGAUCACAGCUCUGCUUGGGCACAGUGGGACCGGGAAGACAACGCUGAUGAACAUCCUUUGUGGGCUGUGUCCACCAACAGAUGGGUUUGUCUCUGUCUAUGGGCACAAAGUCUCUGAAAUCGAUGAGAUGCUCGAAGUGCGACAGAUAGCAGGGGUGUGCCCUCAGUCUGACAUCCACUUUGAUAUACUAACAGUAGAAGAGAACCUCUCCAUAUUUGCUGCAAUUAAAGGAAUCCCUCAGAAUGAUUUGAUACAAGAGGUGCAGAAAGUGCUGUUGGAUUUGGAUAUGCAGCCUAUCAGAGACAACCAAGCUAAGAAAUUAAGUGGGGGGCAGAAGAGGCGGCUGUCAGUGGGGGUUGCUGUUCUUGGGAACCCAAAGGUUUUGCUGCUGGAUGAGCCAACCGCAGGGAUGGAUCCGUGUUCACGGCACAUUGUCUGGAACCUCCUGAAAAACAGGAAAGCGGAUCGUGUGACGGUUUUCAGCACCCACUUCAUGGAUGAAGCGGAUAUCCUCGCUGAUCGUAAAGCUGUGAUUUCUCAAGGGAUGUUAAAAUGCCUUGGAUCCUCUCUCUUUCUCAAAAGCAAAUGGGGAAUUGGCUACCGCUUGAGCAUGCACAUUGAUGCCUAUUGCAACACAGAAGCUACAACCUCUCUGAUACGACAGCACAUCCCUGCAGCCAGCCUGCUCCAGGAGAACGAUGAGCAGCUUGUGUACACGCUGCCGCUCAAGGACAUGGACAAAUUUGCAGGCUUGUUUUCUGACCUCGACACUCAUUCCCACCUGGGCGUUAUCACCUAUGGCGUUUCAAUGACGACACUGGAGGAUGUCUACCUGAAGCUGGAGGUUGAGGCAGAGAUUGAUCAAGCAGAUUACAGCGUGUUCAAUUCCCAGCAAGUGCAGGAUGAAAUGGAUACAAAAUCCCUUGAUGAUAUGGAGCAGAGCCUCCUGAUGCUGUCGGAGACAAAGGCACCAGCAAUGAGCAGUACAGCCCUCUGGAAGAAGCAGGUUUCCACCAUAGCAAAAGUUCAUUUCCUUAGUCUCAAGCGGGAAAAUAAGUGUGUGAGAGUUAUGUUGUUGCUUUUCCUGAUUUUUCUUGUAGUUCAGAUUUUAUUGUUUUUCAUACACCACAUCAUCAAAAACUCUGUAGCUGCUAUCAAACUCUCCCCAGAUUUGUACUUGCUGAAGCCCGGAGAGAAUUCUCACAAGUACAGGAGUCGCCUCCUGCUGCAGAACUCCACAGAAUCCAGUAUUGAUGACAUUGUCCACUCUCUUGGGAGCAUGAAUAUCCUCUUGGAGAUGUUCAAUGACAGUGAUUACGUCUCGGUAGCACCUCACAGCACAGCUUUAAAUGUAUUUGACCUUGAAUCCAGACAGAACUAUGUUUUCACAGUUGUAUUCAACAGUACCAUGGUGCAUUCCCUGCCAGUUUUAAUGAACAUCAUCAGCAAUCUACUCCUGCGUAAUUUAAACGUGACGGAGAGCAUUCAGAUCUGGAGCAACCCCUUCAUUCAGAACCUUCCAGACACAAUUUUCAGGCUGGAGAUCUAUUUUGAAGCAGUAUUGCUGGGAAUUAUCAUAACUGGAAUGCCACCGUAUUUUGCCAUGGACAAUGCAGAAAACCAUAAGAUCAAAGCAUACACGCAGCUGAAGAUAGCAGGGCUUUAUCCCUCUGCUUACUGGACAGGGCAAGCUGUGGUUGACCUCCCACUGUUCUUCUCCAUCCUUAUCCUGAUGAUAGGCAGCCUCUUCGCCUUCCACUACGGUGUUUAUUUCUAUGUGGGCAAGUUCCUUGCUGUGAUUUUCUGCCUGAUUGGUUAUGUCCCAUCAGUCGUGCUCUUCACUUAUGUGGUCUCCUUCACGUUUAAAAAAGUCCAGAAUACAAAAGAAUUUUGGUCAUUCAUAUUUUCAGUGACAGCCUUGCUAUGUACGGUUGUCACCGAAGUGGCGUUUUUUCUGGACUAUUACCUGGUAACCACCGUCCUGCAUUAUGUCUUCUCCAUCUUCAUUCCCAUUUAUCCCCUUAUUGGCUGCCUGAUUUGUUUUAUAAAGGUCUCAUGGAAAGGCAAGCGGAAGAACAGUGGAUACUACGACCCGUGGGACCGGCUCCUGGUAGCAGUUCUAGCUCCCUAUUUGCAGUGUGUCGUGUGGCUGUUCCUACUGCGGUGUUUCGAGCUGAAGAAUGGAGGGAGGACAGUGAGAGAGGAUCCAUUUUUCAGGUCUUGUUUUACCAAAGCCAAAACUUGGAAGUUUCCAGAUGUGCCACGUGAUGACAACGAAGAUGAAGAUGUGAAGGCAGAGAGGCUGCGAGUCCAAGAAGUGCUGAGCAGCCCCAAAAGCGAGGAGAUGCCAGCAAUCCUGGUCAGCAGCUUGCACAAAGAGUUUGAUGAAAGAAAGGAAUUUCUUCUGGGGAGAAAAAUAAAGAAAGUGGCAACGAACCAUGUUUCUCUCUGCGUAAAAAAAGGGGAGAUACUGGGUUUGUUAGGACCCAAUGGAGCUGGAAAAAGCACGUUAAUCAAUAUGCUUGUUGGAGAGAUUGAGCCAACCAGUGGGCAAGUUCUGAUGGGAGAUGAUGCUUUUGGCCUGCACAGUGAAGAUGACUCAGUGAAAUUUGUGGGGUACUGUCCUCAAACCAACCCGCUUUGGCCAGAUAUUACAUUGCAGGAACACUUUGAAAUUUAUGGUGCCAUCAAAGGAAUGAGUCCAUCUGAUGUUAAGGAAGUCGUAAAGCGCAUCUCAAGUGCCCUGGAUCUAAAAGACCACCUGCAGAAGACAACCAAGAAGCUGGGAGUGGGGAUGAAGCGCAAGCUGUGCUUUGCCCUCAGUAUGCUGGGCAACCCGCGGGUCACACUCCUGGAUGAACCAUCAACUGGGAUGGAUCCAAAAGCCAAGCAGCACAUGUGGAGGGCAAUUCGAGCAGCAUUUAAAAAUAAGGAGAGAGCAGCAAUCCUGACCACUCACUACAUGGAGGAGGCAGAUGCUGUCUGUGACCGUGUGGCCAUCCUGGUGUCUGGGCAGCUCAGAUGUAUAGGUACCGUCCAACACCUGAAGAGUAAGUUUGGCAGAGGAUACUUCUUGGAAAUGAAACUAAAAGAAACAGCAGAUGUACAGCAGGUGGAUUAUCUGCAGAGCCAGAUUUUGCACAUCUUCCCCAACGCGAAUCGCCAGGAAAGUUUUGCUUCUAUUUUGGCAUAUAAAAUUCCUAAAGAAGAUGUACAAUCGCUUUCACAUUCUUUUUCCAAGCUGGAAGAAGUAAAACAUGCCUUUAACAUCGAGGAGUACAGCUUUUCCCAGGCAACACUGGAACAGGUUUUUGUGGAGCUUGCUAAAGAGCAGGAAGAGGAGGACAGCACCUUUGGCACCCUGAACAGCACACUGUGGUGGGAGAGAACACAGGAAGACAGGGUUGUUUUCUGA